AUGAGCAGGGCGAAAAUUCGCGACCUGAUUCGAGCUACAGAGCGUUUGGCUGUUAAGGAUUGGCUUGCGGAGCUCUUUGAACUGGAAGGGUCUCUGUCGGCAUGGCUUCUGCGUCUGCCCAACUGCUUCAAAUACUCGAAAAGAACCCUAUAUGAGCAGUUAAUUAUCAACCGACAGCCGAUCUAUGUCUUUGUGUAUGCACUAUAUCAUCAAUGCAGACUUGUUCUGCAUUCGUCACUGGUCCCACAAUUCAGCGGCGUCCGACUAUACGAAACUCUGCCCACUGAAGCAACAAGUCUCAGCGCUCGUAUAGCCUUGAAGAGCGCCGGAGGCCUGUCAGAGCUAGGCUCUGAUCUACUGGCACUCGACUGGGAUCCAGCCCAAACUCCGGCUUUUGUUGGGUACUGCAUGUAUGUUUCGGCUUCGAUACACAUAACCCUUCUCUCCUCCACCGAUACCGCCCUUGCAGCAAUUGCACAGAAGAACCUGAUUUGCAAUCUGAAGUUACUCAAGUCGAUGAAGCCGUACUGGACAAACUUAGAGCGGCUGUGGAUUCGUAUCAAUAUGCUCUACAACGCUCAGACAGUGAGACUUGGAGUUUCCUCGACUCAUCUGACUGGGGGCGCUGUUGACUCAGAAGCGCAAUCUAAUGGUCUCGACCAACUUGCGGGCCAGCCCCGCGAGACCGGGCAACUGUCUGAACCGCUGGCUGAUUCGGUCUUGCAGUAUACCCUCCGGCGACUAAAACCAGGGUCCAAUGUAUCUCCAUCUUCGUUACGAGAUCUCGAAGCCAGCACCGACGCCGAGGUAUUGAACUCACUUCUGGGAGACCAUGCCACUCUGCCAGCGCAUGUCGUGGACAACGGUCGAGGACCUCCUGAUCGCCAGCCCCUACCUGCGACACUGGAAGGUUACAAUACUGCCAUUGACCCUACCCCUCCACAAGGAUCUGAGACGUUAAUGAGAAGUCCUGUUGUACCGGCUUUGCAGGGAAUCAACUAUGAUUGGUGGCAUCUCGAUCUGGACAAUAUUCAACCACCAACUAUACCCUACGAUGACAUGUUCAAUCUGGAUUUUAACAUCUGA